AUGAGAAUUGCAAGAUAUUGUGGGGGUGGGUUUUCCAUAAAAACUGACCAUAUUGUUGAUGCAAGAAAACCGGAUACGAUCAUAGAGGACAAAAUAAACAAACAGUGUAAGGUCAUAGAUCUUGUGAUUCCUUUUGAUAGCAGAGUUAAUACCAAAGAAAUUGAAAAUUUUGAUAAACAUCAGGAACUAGUUAGAGAGCUGAGAAGAUUGUGGAAGACAAAGACAUCAAUUAUUCCUGUAGUUACUGGUGAACUUGGUACAACACCCAGAAUGCUACCUAAAAGAUUGAAAGCGACUGGAAUUGAAACUUGCAUUGUCGACCAGCAGAAAUGUACUGUCCUAUAUUCUACAUGA